ACGACAAGUGUCGAUUACUCAGGUCUUGUACUUGAGUUAAACCUCAGCCUCCGCGCGCUCACCGGGUGCGUGCUGUGCGCCCUGAUCGUGUCCACGCUGCUCGGGAACGCGCUGGUGUGCGCCGCGGUGAUCCGGUUCCGCCACCUUCGCUCCAAAGUCACCAACUCCUUCGUGGUGUCGCUCGCGGUGUCAGACCUCUGCGUGGCCGUCCUCGUGAUGCCGUGGCGCGCGGUGUCCGAGGUCGCGGGCACGUGGCUGUUCGGCCACUUCUGCGACACGUGGGUCGCCUUUGACAUCAUGUGCUCCACCGCGUCCAUCCUGAACCUGUGCGUCAUCAGCAUGGACCGAUACUGGGCCAUCUCCAGCCCCUUCCGCUAUGAGCGAAGGAUGACACGCAGGUUCGCCUACCUGAUGAUCGGCGUGGCGUGGACCCUCUCCAUCCUCAUCUCCUUCAUCCCCGUGCAGCUCAACUGGCACCGCCUGCAGAACUCCACCGCGGCAAACAACGCGGCGGACUGCAACGCGCGCCUGAACCGCAGCUACGCCAUCUCCUCCUCGCUCAUCAGCUUCUACAUCCCGGUGCUGAUCAUGGUGGGGACGUACACACGGAUCUACCGCAUCGCUCAGACCCAGAUCCGGCGCAUCUCCUCCCUGGAGAGCGCGGCGGCGGUGGGGCGAAGUGCGCGAAACCACCACCGCAUGUCGACCCACGAAGAGAGUUCGCUGAAGACGUCCUUCAAGAGAGAAACCAAAGUGCUGAAGACCCUCUCCGUCAUCAUGGGGGUCUUCGUGUUCUGCUGGCUGCCCUUCUUCGUGCUGAACUGCGUGGUGCCGUUCUGUGACGCGCAGCGGGCCGGCGCCUGCGUCAGCGACACCACCUUCAGCGUGUUCGUGUGGUUUGGCUGGGCCAACUCUUCCCUGAACCCGGUCAUCUACGCCUUCAAUGCAGACUUCCGGAAGGCCUUCUCCACACUCCUGGGCUGUGGGCGGUUCUGCUCCAGUUCUGAGGUGCAGGCGGUGGACUUCAGCAACGAGCUGGUGUCCUACCGCCACGACACCACCCUGCAAAAGGAAGUGCUUCCGGGUCAAAGUGUGCAGAGACAGGAAAUGAACUUCGACAAAGUCUCCGUCAUUUCCGGUGAUUCCCGGCGCCACCGGAACCUGCUGCUGCCCUCUAUCCUGCAGAGCGAGGCGGAGAUCUGUCUGGACCUGAUGCCCUUCAACUCAUCCGGACCUGCCGACUGCUACCUGAUCCCAGGUCAGAUCCCAGACCUGUGA